AUGAGUGUCCUUGAAAGAGAUGUGUCACUAGGCGGUGACCAAGUAUCAUCCGAAUCAAAGUUACGUUCUUCAAAGACUAAGCUUAACGAUACUCAAAACAAUCAAAAUUCUGCAGAUGAAUUUCACCCAGCGGCAUAUUGCUACAUAUCUGAUCAAAAGGUGCAUUUCACCCCGAUAGAGGACGACUCGGAUGAGGAGGAUAACAAUAGAGUUUCUGAAACUUUUCAAAAUACGCCCCUCUUGAAGUAUGACGCUGAUUACUUGCCGGAUAAACUUUACUUGAAGAAUAAGAAUCUUCUUUACUCAUUGAACAACCCCUCCAUUUCAGACGUCGAAACAGACACAAACACAAACUCUACUACAGUAUCACACUCAAAUGGUCAUAAUUUGUCAACACCUUCAGCAGAAGUAAAUACCUCUGCCCAGUCACAGUCACAGUCCCAGCCAUCACCAACAUCAAGAUCGCCGUCACCGAAUCCUUCGGGUAAUGCAUCGGUGAAACGAAGGUCUUUGUACUUUCCUAAAUAUGUUAUUAACCUUUCAGAAAACCUAGAGACCGACUUUGUUCAGUUGAAGCGUUUAAUUGUGAGGGCUUUUCCUGAAUGGGCAGAUACCGGAAAACUUGAAAUCAAACAAGUUACUGGAGGUAUCACAAACAUGCUUCUUUCGUGCACUUACAGCAAUGAGAAAACAAUUUUAAUUCGAGUCUAUGGCCAUGGAACAAAUUUGAUAAUCGACAGACACCGGGAAUUCAUUUCCCAUUUAAUCCUAAACUCGAUCGGUUUAGCGCCCACAGUGUUUGCCAGAUUCAAGAAUGGACUCAUGUACGGAUACCUUUCGGGAAGAUCUUUGAAGCCGGAAGAAUUAAGCAAUGAGAAAAUAUAUCCUCUUAUCGCCCAGCAGUUGGGUAACUGGCACAAGUCAUUAAAUUACAAGUUGAUCGAAGAAGGCGUGGAUAAAAUAAGAGCAUUAAGAAUUGGCGCUAGAAGGAACUCAGUGAGUAAGAAAAAACUGGCCAAGAAGAAGCGAUUCAUCUCCAACAUCUGGGAAUUGAUUGAUGAGUGGAUUGAAAUUGUUCCAGUAAACCCUGAGUUGAUAGCCUCGUUUCAACAGCAUUUACAUGAGGAUGUCAACGAGGGCAAUUUGAAGGAAGUGGUCAAGAAGGAGUUUCACUGGUUGAAAAAUAUUCUCGAGGCGGUAAAAUCGCCAAUUGUCUCGUCUCAUUGUGACUUGUUGUCCGGUAAUGUCAUUAUACCUGAGGAUUUUGAAUCCAACUUUUAUACAGGACAAUCACUACCGUCUGUUGAACAGAACCCUAUUAAAUUUAUUGACUAUGAGUACAUGCUUCCAGCACCUAGGGCGUUUGACAUAGCGAACCAUUUGGCAGAGUGGCAAGGUUUCAAUUGCGAUCGGAGUGCUAUCCCAGAGCCUACAAAUUCCAACCCCGUUAUUGUUAAAUGGUGUGAGAGCUAUCUAGACAACCGUCAGUCCAAUCCAACCGAAGUUGAAUCUUUGAUAAAUGAAGUAUCCAUGUUCUAUGGGUUGCCUGGCUUCUACUGGGGUAUUUGGGCUAUGAUCCAAAGCGAACUUUCAAACAUUGAUUUUGAUUAUGCCGAUUAUGGAAAGUUGAGGUUAGAAGAGUACUGGGAUUGGAAAGCCAAGAAUCAAGAAAAGAUUGAGCUUUUAUCAUUAAAGGUAUGA